AUGUUUCAGCGCCGAAUACUCGCGGAAUUGCAAUUCCGCGCAUCGAUCCGAAAUCAUCGGCACCCAAAAUUCACAUCCCCAGCGCGUGCCUUCCGCAUUUCUGCCGUCAAUCGCAUAAAUCCGUUAUUUCCGUUUGACGUUGCGGAGGGAUUGGAAAACGAAGAAGUCGAAGACAAAAACGAAAAACUCAAGAAACAGAAAAAGCAGCUCAUACACGAGAAGAAGAUCAUGAAACGCAAACUAGAGCAGGAACGCGAGGGCCAGCCCGACGAUCUGAAUUCUGAAACACAUCUGAAACAACCAAUCAAGGAGAAAGUUACAACCGAGGUCCAGAACGUCGGGGUGAUGGCCAAUGCCGUCCAGGUCGAGUAUCGGGGUGGCAUUGAUGGAAACGGAGGAGAUGGUGGAAAUGGAGAGGGCCCGCCGGGAGCAAAGGACGAUUCCAGUAAAAGACGAGAAGAGAACGAGCCAAUUGAGGAAGAAGAGCCCGAGCCCGAAGAAGAAGAGAAGACAAAAUUUCAGGAUCUCCUCGAAAAGUUCACCAAGUUCAUCUUCAAAUGCUUAGAAACCAUAGGUAUCACCCUCAGUUCUGUAGGAGUGCUAGGACUCUCCGGAUUCUUGUAUCACAAGUUCUACAACCAGCACGUAUUGGACAAAAUGGAUCACGCGUUUCAAAAGGGCGAUCCGGCGUACACUCUAGCAAUACACAAUAAAACUAAUCGGCACAGCGACCUGCUGCUGGGAAAGGUAUCUGGCGAAGAUCUUUCCGAGCACUGGGUCACGCGCCCACAACAGAAGCUCCUUGAUGACAUUGUAAGCGGCAAGAUUAGAGGGCGCUACUUCUUGUUGGUGGGUGAAAAGGGUACUGGAAAAACGACUUUGAUCAUGGAGGCCAUGAAGAAGAUUGAGGGAAGCAAUGUGGCAAUUUUCGAUGCCCACGCAGACCCAGAAAUCUUCCGGAUCAGAUUGGGCAAAGCCCUCAACUUUGCCUACAACGAGGACUACAUCGGUUCUCUUUUUAGCAUUCGUGGGCCUCGUGACACCACGGCGUUGUUAGAUAUCGAACGUGCAUUCAAUAAGCUCGAGGAACUCGCCGUGAAACGCCGCGUCUCUGGUAUCAGCGACAGUCCUUUCAUUAUCAUCAUCAAUCAUUCGCAUCUUAUUAAGGAGAACGAGGAAGGAGUCAAAUUGUUGGAGCUUUUGCAACAAAAGGCGGAAACGUUGAGCGGCAGUCUGUUGGUCACCAUUAUCUUUAACAGUGACGAUUAUUGGAUCUAUGAGAAGUUGAAGCGACUUGGAACCAGACUAGAACUCAUCAAUGUUAGAGACUUUAACCGGGGAGAAACCGUCAGUGUCUUGAAGUUUAUUCGAGGCAAGUUUUACCCGCCUACCAAGAGACCAGAUUUGGAGUUGGAUGACAGCAUGUGCAACAAAAUUUACGACUUGAUCGGUGGACGUCCUCAGCAUAUCAGCCAGGUUGCUCGACAUGAAAAUGUGAUCAAGGCAUGUCAUGAGAUCAUCGACCGCGAGAAAACAUGGUUCUUGAGUCAGUGCGGCUUAUUAGGUGAAGAAAUGGACGACGACGUGAUGGAGUUUGGCAAAUUUUCUCUGAGUGCGAUGCUUUUGAUGAGGGAAUUUGUGGAAAUGGACCGUGAGCAUAUGAACACCUUAAUCUCUGCCGCUCCAGAUGCCAAGGAUCAAUGCAAAGACCACCAUCUACCAGAGUUGCCUUUAUGGAGGUCGCGCCAAAUAAUGACUCGACCAGAUUACAUUCAGCAGUACGAUAAUCUUAACAUUUUCACCGUGGACUCAGACUCAAGGGUGAGAGCGGACUCUGUCCCUAUGAUGCGGGCCUUCCACGAAAUUGCCUCUCAGCCUCAUUUUGAUGAGUUGUUGAAUGACACAGUGGAAAGAGUCAGCGCGAUCGAGUCUCUAGGCAGAACAAGAGAAUUAGUAAUGAAAGAUUUGACGAACGGCGCUACCUACGAUGUCGAUCCAAAAGAUGGCCGCUUCGUGUUAGCCAUGACGAAGAAAAAAGACGAUGACGAGGAACACGAAGACGAAUUAUUGAUGGAGGAACUCAGCAAAUCCGAACAGAAGAAAAAAUGGUGGACCAAGCGAAUGGGCCGAUUUGACCAAUCCUACCUACCACCAAACACACCUGACGGAGUCAAUAAGUAA